GCGAAGCCAGUGCGGCGACAGCAGCUCACUCCGCUGACGGACAAGACAAGCAGCCACUUCUCACAACUCCAACAACUUUUCUUUUAUCUUGUUGUUGUUGCUCUGCUUCAAUAAGCGCUUUUUUUCUUUCUUUCUUUCUGUUUUUUUUAUUUUUUAUUUUUUUUAUAACCCCUUCACUCCCUUUCGCUUUUUUCUGCGCACCGACCAUUUCGACGCGCCGAGCGCCUUUGAACCGAGCAGCGCGGAGCAGGAGCCCCCUGAACCCGGGAGAAUGGCAGACUCGGCGGCCGCCAACAGCGACGGGGAGGACGGACCCCAGCAGCCCAUGCGGGGCUUCGCGCGCCAGGGCGCGCUCCGGCAGAAGAACGUGCACGAGGUGAAGGACCACAAAUUCAUCGCGCGCUUCUUCAAGCAGCCCACCUUCUGCAGCCACUGCACCGACUUCAUCUGGGGAUUUGGGAAGCAGGGAUUCCAGUGUCAAGUGUGCUGCUUCGUGGUUCACAAGCGCUGCCAUGAGUUUGUCACUUUCUCCUGUCCAGGCGCGGACAAAGGACCUGCCUCAGACGACCCCAGGGCAAAGCAUAAAUUUAAGAUCCACACCUACUCCAGCCCCACCUUCUGCGACCACUGCGGCUCCCUACUCUACGGCCUCAUCCACCAGGGGAUGAGAUGCGACCACUGUAUGAUGAACAUCCACAAGCGCUGCGUGCCCAACGUGCCGAACCUGUGCGGGACGGACCACACCGAGAGGAGAGGCCGCAUCGAGAUCACCGCCGAGGUCAAGACUAACGUUCUCACCGUCACCAUUAAAGAGGCUAGGAAUCUGAUUCCUAUGGACCCCAACGGCCUGUCGGACCCGUACGUGAAGCUGAAGCUGAUCCCAGACCCACGCAGCGAAAGCAAACAGAAGACCAAGACUAUAAAGUGCUGCCUAAACCCCACAUGGAACGAGACCUUCAAAUUCCACCUGAAGGAGUAUGACAAGGACCGCCGCCUGUCGGUGGAGGUGUGGGACUGGGACUUGACCAGCCGCAACGACUUCAUGGGAUCACUGUCCUUCGGCAUCUCAGAGCUCCAAAAGCAAGGGGUGGACGGCUGGUUUAAGCUUCUUUCUCAGGAAGAAGGCGAGUACUUCAACGUUCCCGUCGCUCCAGAGGGAGAGGAGGGCAACGAGGAGCUACGGCAGAAAUUUGAGAGGGCUAAAAUCGGAGUGGGCAAAAACACGGAGGGAAAGUCAGCAAACGCAGCCUCCCGGUUUGACUCCAACGGCAACCAAGAUCGCAUAAGGCUGUCCGACUUUAACUUCCUGAUGGUGCUGGGCAAGGGCAGCUUUGGCAAGGUGAUGCUGGCGGAGCGUAAAGGAACGGAGGAACUGUACGCAAUAAAGAUCCUGAAGAAGGACGUGGUCAUUCAGGACGACGACGUUGAGUGCACCAUGGUGGAGAAGAGGGUGUUGGCUCUGACCGGAAAGCCUCCGUUCUUAACACAGCUGCACUCCACCUUCCAGACCAUGGACCGUUUGUAUUUCGUCAUGGAGUACAUAAACGGCGGAGACCUCAUGUAUCAGAUACAGCAGGCUGGCAAGUUCAAAGAGCCCCAUGCUGUGUUCUACGCUGCUGAGAUAGCUAUUGGCUUAUUUUUCCUGCAUCAAAAGGGCAUCAUCUACAGGGAUCUGAAGCUGGAUAAUGUGAUGCUGGACUGUGAAGGCCACAUUAAGAUCGCAGACUUCGGUAUGUGCAAAGAAAAUAUGCUUGAUGGAAUCACGACCAAGACCUUCUGUGGAACACCAGACUACAUCGCUCCGGAGAUUAUUGCCUAUCAACCUUAUGGGAAAUCUGUGGACUGGUGGGCGUUUGGAGUAUUGCUUUACGAAAUGUUGGCUGGACAGCCACCAUUCGAUGGUGAGGACGAGGACGAGUUGUUUCAAUCCAUAAUGGAGCAUCACGUCUCCUAUCCCAAAUCGAUGUCUAAGGAAGCUGUGGCCAUAUGUAAAGGACUGAUGACGAAGCAUCCCGCCAAACGACUGGGCUGCGGUCCGGAGGGCGAGCGCGACAUCCGAGAGCACAGCUUCUUCCGCUACAUGGACUGGGAGAAACUGGAGAACAAGGAAGUGCAGCCGCCGUUCAAACCCAGAGCCUGCGGACGGGAGGCCGAGAACUUUGACCGCUUUUUCACGCGCCACCCGCCGGUGCUGACCCCCCCUGACGAGGAGGUGAUUCAGAACUUGGACCAGGACGAGUUCCAGGGAUUCUCCUUUAUCAACCCGGCGUUCCCAGCAAGUGCUGCUACCGCCGCCACUGCCGAGCAGGCUUGAUUUCCGCUCCACGCACCGGAACAUGGACUCACACGCAGAAAACUCCACGGCACACACACACAGAUACCAAUACCAGGCCAUGAAUGGACACAAUGACGCUCUGAGCGCAGAUUUGUUGUUCAGACUUUCACAUCUUGUGUUAACCCCAAUCUGAGGUUCAAAACAUAACUGCAUGAACUGUAGCGCUCUGGAAGUAUAAAAAGCAUAUUUAAAAUAACUACAGUAUCUUGCAAAAUAAUUUUUUUCAUAUUACAAAAGAAAACUCAUUUUAAAUGUAUUAUAUCUGGUUUUCUCGAUAGAUUUAUACAAAGUAGUUCAUAGUUAUGGUAUGCGAGGGAAAUAAUCAUUACAUAACAUUUUUCUUAAUAGAAAUCUGAAAUGUGUGACAUGGAUUUUUACUCAAUCCUAUUAUAUCUGUGAAUAAAAUCUGCCAAGACAAGGCUGUUCAACAAAGCAGGCCAUGCAAAGAGAACAAACCAGUGAUAACUGUGGAGGAGCUGCAGAGAGUCACAGCUCAUGUGAGAGAGUCCAAUUGACAGGCCAGCUUUUCAUUGAGUUGGGUCAGAAGAAAGCCAAUAUGUGGAAGAAGGUGUUUUUGUUAGAGGGAUCAAAAUUUAAGAUUUGAAAGUUGAUACAUAGAUGCUCCAAAAGAACUUCGGCUAUUUUGGUGAAAAAUUGGCAGAAAUCUUAAAGCUCAGGAUCUCAAAUCUCUGAAAGUGUAACUAUAGAUUUAAUUUCUAAAACAUUAACUUUUCACCUAUUCCAGCUGUGAAAGGAUGCUCCACAGUUUUGCUUGAUUCCCAAUAAAAUAUCUUUACCAUCUUAGUUGUUACUGGGACUUUGCAAGAUACUGCAGAUAUAUUCUUUAUGCUUUUGCUGUCCAGUUUUUGCGACAGCAUAGUAUAACAAACAAACGAAGUAUGCCAUCAGUGUAUUAACCAAUGUAUUGUAAGGAUAUGCAUGAUACAGUGAAAACUUUUAUAGAUAAAAGCAUGGGAAUCUGAUUCACCCCAAGUUUUUCAGAAUCAUUGCUAGCUUGUGUUUAUUGCAAUGUGAACAGAGAUUUGUGCUUAAUAAUCAUCAGCGCAGAACCAAAACAAGGACGGAAAAAUAACUGGAUGAUUAAAUUUUUCACAAAAUGUCAAUUUAAACAGUUUAAAACGAUUAUAUCACACAGAAAUAAUUUAACUGACAAUCUAGUAAAUUUUUUGGCUAAUAAAGGCCAAGUAUUGAAAUCAAAUGCAGAUUUUCUGUGUAAACAAGCUCUGAUCUUUGAGAUUUUUACUUUACUUUUUGGGGGGGUUGAAACUUGAACAUUUUAGUUAGAUAUGUGCAUUUUAAUGGGUAUAUAUCUGUGUGAGUGUCUGUAUGUUUAUCCUUAUCUAAAACUGGAAUGCUUCACAUACUUGCAUGGUUUCUGUAUUAGGAGUUUCUCUAGACUUUUGUUCCUGCCUGUUCUAUCGUGAGUCAUUUUACAAAACCUUGUUUUACCCUAUCAAGCAACCACGUGUACAGUCACACUUGCACCACAAAUAUCUAAUUCUUAGUGCAUGUUACUGCUUUCCAUCCAUUGGAUCGGUAUGGCGAAAUGCAGUUGGGAACUUGGUGUUGCUGGAAGGCUUGAAGUAGUUCAUUAUCUAGAUAACGCUCUUUCUUCUACUUGGAUCGGAUGUAUUGUUAAGUAUUUAACCUGGAAACAAGACUUUUUGUUUACGUUACAAAUGCAUGAUUCCUGUACCCUGACAUUUGUUUACAAUGUGUGUGUGUGUGUGUGUGUGCAUGUGGGUUUUGUCACGUGUGUAUGAUGCUUGUAUGCAGAAAAUUUGAGGGUUUUUUUGUUUUUCUUUUCUCAACACGGAAAGCUUCGCCUGUCCUCGCUUACAUUUUCUCAUCUGCGGAGUGUUGGCAUGGCCACCUCCUCCUCAUAUCGGUCCAGCUUCUUUUGAAGUAAUUAGUCAGAAGCCAAAGUAUUGGCAGAAAUGUUUGCGGGACAGUUUUUAACAACCAAGUGAUCUUCACUUUUCUUUAUUGUCUAAAAGAAUAGUUUCCACAAAAUUCAGAAAUGGGAGGAAAGGAAAGCUUGGAUUCAUUUUUGUGUUUUCCAGAUGUAAACAACGUUGGGUUAAAAGGUGAUAAAACUGAAUUAAAAAAAAAUUGCACAGCACACUUUUUACUGUUUUUAUAUGAUGCAUAACACAUUACGGUUGGAAUCGCAUCACAUCAGGGUCAAUUGAACAUGUUAACUUACCCUGAAAACAAAAGCUAUACAGAUUGUAUUUUUGCAGCUUCUCCUCUCAAAUGGCAUGCUUAUUUAUUUAAUUGAACAAUAUUCUCUUUAAUUAAUUGCUUAAAAUAUGCAAAAAACAUAAUUCCAAGUAUCUCAAUAAACUGGUGAGGCAGCUAAGUAUUGAUCAUGUCGGUUUGCAUACAUCAACAAAUGGAGACAAUUAGAGAAAAGAACAUAAAUCAUAGUUACAAAAUAAUUUAUUGCAAGGACUUAAAGACAAAAAUUGCAUGUCACUUCCUCUGUUUGGCUAAAAUGUCCUUCUUUGCUUUGCUAGAUAGCUAAAAAUUAAGAAGUCGACGUGUUUGUAAUAGGUCUGAAUUAGAUUAUGUUCAAAGUUUUCAAAGAAAUGUUCUCAAUCAAAUCCUGCUAAUUUCAAGACUGGAUUCGCAACACUGGAUGUAGAUGACUAUUUUCAAAGAUAAUAGCUUGUUGGAUUCACACUUGGAGGCUCGAUUUUUUUUUUUUUUUUAAGUUCCAGAGAGAUAUUUCAGAAUGCCCUGAAGGCAAAACUCCAACAUAGAAAUUCAGCGUUGGGUGAGUCACGGCAAGUACAUCACCCAAUAUGGCUGCCAAACAACUUAAACACUUAUGAGAGGUAAUUUUAACAAGUUAAUGAUCUGUUAGUUUAUGUGUUUAUGUACGUGUUGGUUUAGUCCAGACAGAAGCAGAAAAACGCCUGUGAAAUCUGUUGGUGAACAUGUUGGUUCUCUUAGUGUUUGAAUACAUACAGUACAUUGGAAGUCUAAAAAAAUUGAAAGCUGAAAAACAAGUCAAUUUCAUGAGCUUUCCGUCUUCUGUUAAUCCCAGAUUUUAAUCCCAAUUUCUGAACAACAAGCUGAACACAGUCCUGUAUAUAAAUUUUGCAUGUCUACAUUUACUCCGAGUUUUUCUGCGUUCUUAGUAAGUCAGACUUUAAUUUUGUCUUCAGAUCAGACACAGUUUUUGAGUGAAAUCUGGUACGAGUACAAGCAGGUUUGCAUAAAAUAGAUCCGCCUCCGUUCAGGUCCCUCGUUGGUCCUUACAGCUAAUUUAUAAAUAAACCAUGACGCAUGAUUCUCUCCACCAACCAGGCAUUGUAACAUCUACUGUAAUGCGGCGCUCUCUUUUGAAACGCCGUUUGGUUUUACAAAGAUAUUCAACUCUUGUUUGUGUGAUCAGUGAGACGAUGUGUGUGUUUUAUUUUGUUUUUCUGUUUUGCAAGGUAAGAAUUUUGAUAAUUAAGGAACCAUUAAAGUAAGAGCUACAAUUAUCAAGAACAGUGAAGAAGUUUGGCUUUGUUAAAUAUAAUUAUGAAUCUCAGAAUAUUUAUUCUGAGAUUCAUAAAUUUGUGUUCACCGCCUGUGCUCUCGCUUGUUUCAUUUUUUCCUGCUGAAUUUCAACGCGACAGAUAUAAAGAUAUGUUGUGCACCAAUAUAUUACUGUGUCUAAUGUCUUUAUAUGCUUAUAAUUACACAUGUGGUCAGUAUUGUAAAGGAGGAGGAGUUCUCAUAGAUUGGUGGGGGGGUUCUACCCAUUCUUUUUGUUCAAAAGACGACGAUAAAACAAACUGUGCAUGAAAAGAAAUUCUUAUCAUUUAGUAUUUACUCCAAUAUUAUUACGAUCCAUGUUUUCUAUAAUAGCAGUACUCCAAAGCUUUGAUCUAAACUAUUAUGUGUUUUGUCUGUGAAGAUUCAUAUAAUGAAGGAGUGUGCUUUUUACAAUGCUUUCCAUGUGCCAAAUUUCCAUUUUGUUCUUUUUUUUUUUUUUACUCUUUUUGGGGUAUUCCUAGAAUAGCGGACGUUCCAUAAAUAAAGAAUUCAAAAUCCGUGCUUUUCAAGUUUGCUUUGUGCAUUUUAUUGUCCUUCGGUGCGCAUCUGUUGGGUGGCGAUGGUACCUUCUGCAUCCCUCACUGCCGUAGCUUUGACUCAUUACAAAAACUCGCAAACCAUGUCGGCGCCACUGAGAAACAAGCUGAUGUGUUCGUAACAGAACAUGGAGAAUGGAUCGACUUAAAGAAAAAUAAUCCAAGAGGCAGAGAUCGGGGGGUGGGGGUUGCAGGAGGUGAAAGAGAGGGUGAUCGUCGGCUCACCGGGCGUACGUUUGUAAAAGAGGAGGGAGAUUCACUAAUGAACGCCUGGAAACGAGGGAGGAAAGGGGGUUAGACGGGGGAGAGGACAAGAUGGAGGGAACGGACGGGAAUGCAAAGCAACGCUCUGUGAAACAAGUCAGGCAGCGAGGGCAGGCUGUGCAUAUUUCAUGGCUGCCACUUAUCAUAAGAGCCUUUCCAUGAUGGGGGAGCGCAGGUCUGAUGACUUCAAGGAAAUAACAUGCAGAACACGGCCUACAUACACACAACCCCGCUAAGCCACUCAAGCACUCCUCGCCGCCUCUAAAGCUGCUCUCAAUCCACCAUACAAGCUGUUAUGCUGCUGCUCUGACUGGCUGCACCGUUCCCUUUUUCAAUAAUUGUACCGCGCACCAUUUACUACCCGCAGCACAUUAUGGUGUUAACAAGCAUGGACACAAAUUACAUGCGCUGAUUUUUUUGACUGGGCUGUCGUAAAAUGUAAUGGGAAGGCUAAAGCUGCUGCGCUGCCACUGCGGUGUAUGCAAGGCUGGCAAAGGCAAGCCAGGAGUAGAAGUCAUUCAUUUGAAGAUAAAAACGGUGCUAAUUUGGUCCUACAUUGAUCUAGGAGUAAAAAUGUGUCAAGCAACGACUGGACGGCAUUAAGGGAGUUACGGUUUGCUGUCUGAUUUGAGGAAGAACAAGUUA